UCUGGUAACAGCACCAGUUGGUUCCAAUUCAUGUUGGGACGUAAGGACUUUCCCCACGGCUCUGGCAGUGUGAAAUGGGCACAAAUUGCCUUGAAACUCACGCUCAGGUCCCCGGGUGGGGCCAGAGCAGUGGACAGGGUGCCCUGUUGUUUUCAAUGAAUGGACUUGUACAUUAACCCUGUGCCCCUUCAACGCAAGGGUCUGCGCCCUGUGACCACUUUGGCCGUGCGCGCUACGGAAUGGGGUCCACCUGAGUCUGCCCCCUCCAACGGGCUCUGUUCAAUACCAGAUGCCGACUUGGCUUCCUUUAAGACCCCUCCCCCCCGGCCAGCGCUUUGUGGGGCAGCCUCUGUUUUCUCCCCCAUGUUGUUUUCCAGCCUGGUUUUAAACACCCGAGCCAGCCUCAUUCUGGGGUUGCUCUGAGCCUGCCUCUACCAGCAUAUACCCUCCUCCCAGGGUCUGUCGGGUCUCAUGUGACUGCUGAUGUCACAAUGCCCCAUUGUCUCCCCCCCUCCCCGAGGGUGGCCUGGGAGCAGGUUCCCGUGCUGGGUUAUGGGGCCUCCCGGUGCCCAGGGCUGCCUGCAAGGAGGGAUGAGCUGUCCCUCGUGCCAGAAAUACACGUGGAGCAGCAGUCACGACAGGCUGCGCCCCGUGAGACCCAUCCAGCUGCCCCCUCCCGUGCCCCUGGUGCCAGCAGCCCAGCGGCCCCUGUGCCAACAGGACUGGUACCACGGCGCACUCCCCAGGCAGGAGGCCCAGGCGUUGUUGACCAGCGAGGGGGAUUUCUUGGUCCGCGAGAGCCAGGGGAGGCCCGGCGCGCAUGUCCUGUCCGCGCUGGCAGGAGGGCAGUGCAGGCAUUUCAUCAUCCAGUGCUGGAAGGGCAGGUACCAGUUGGAGCCCGGUGGGGUAGGCGCGUCCACCAUCCCCUCGCUCAUCCACCAGCACCUGCAGUCACGCCAGGAGCUCACCGCAAAGUGCCCCUUCCUCCUUCGGAACCCAGUCCCCAAGGCGAAAUGGGACCUGAGCCAUGAUGACGUGGUGCUGGGGGAGCUGCUGGGCAGCGGUAAUUUCGGGGAUGUGUACAGCGGCCGCCUGUCGUACGACAACACCCCGGUGGCUGUGAAAACCUGCAGGGAGCACCUGGCCCCGGAGACCAAGCACAAGUUCCUCAUGGAAGCCAGGCUCGUGAGGCGCUACAGCCACCCGAACAUCGUACGGAUUAUUGGCGUCUGUGCCCACAAACAGCCUGUCUUCAUCGUCAUGGAGCUGGUGUCCGGUGGGGAUUUCUUAUCAUUCCUCCGCUCCGAAGGGAGCCGGCUCUGGGUUCAAGACUUCAUCCACUUCGCAGUUCAGGCGGCAGCAGGGAUGGCCUAUCUGGAGAGCAAGGGUUGCAUCCACAGGGACCUGGCGGCCAGGAACUGCCUGGUGGGGGAAGGCAACGUGCUGAAGAUCAGCGACUUUGGCAUGUCGCGGCAGGAGGCCAACGGCGUCUAUGCCUCCCGGGGAGGAAUGAAGCACAUUCCCAUCAAGUGGACGGCGCCGGAGGCUCUGCGAUACGGCCGCUACUCGACGGAGAGCGACGUCUGGAGCUACGGGGUCCUGCUGUGGGAAAUCUUCAGUUUGGGGGCCGCCCCCUACCCCGGCAUGUCGAACCAGCAGGUGGUGAGCCAGGUGGAGCGAGGUUUCCGCAUGCGAGCGCCUGAGCGCUGCCCGGUGGAGGUUUACGACGUGAUGCUGAGGUGCUGGGAGACCAGUCCCAGCCUGCGCCCCAAGUUCAGCGCCAUCCACCAAGAGAUGACGCAGCUCCACUGGAACGCUGAGUGACCCUGGCCUCCAGGUCCCCUCUGUAAUAUGUAUCUGCCCCCCCUCCCCCAAAGUAAUCUAUACAAAGCCUCUAAAUACCUUUGCUCUUUGCCUCUGUACUUGGAUCUUGGCUGCUAGAAGGGCUGGCGGUUUUAACCCACUUUAAUAUUGCAUUACAUCAAUACUCCAAGACUUCUUCUGGGCACCCUUAACCAAUCAGAGCUCCUCUGUCGCAUGAUUGGCUGCAGAGAAGGUCAAAAUGAUUCCCCUCUAAGCUGGAUGGACAGGAGAUGCAGCAACGCUGUGUCCUGAUUGGUUCGUCGGUGACGUGUAUCGACGUUUUUCU